CCCUCUCUCUUCUCAAUCUCGCAUCAGUCGACAAGCAAAAGAUGGCCACCAAGGAAGAGUACCAGAAGACGCUGGAGCGCAUCAAGGUCAUUCAGGGGCACCUGGAGAAGGCGACUCGGGGCGGUCGGCUGGCCGGCAAGGUGUGCAUCGUGACGGGCGCGGGCAGUCUCAAUGGCAUUGGACGAGCAUCGGCAGUGCAAUUUGCGCACGAGGGAGCCAAGCACCUGUACCUGCUCGACUUCAACGGCGACAACUUCCCUGCCCUCGUCGAGCUGCUCAAGAAGCGCUACCCAGACGUGGGCGUGACGACAAAGGAGUGUGAUGCAGCCGACGAGGAGGCCAUCAAGGGUGUCAUCGAGCAGAGCCUCAAGGAGCACGGCAGACUCGACGUCUUUUUCGCAAACGCCGCCAUCGCCACGGGCGCGCCGCUCACGAGCACCGACCGCGAGGACCUCGAAGAGACGCUGAGGGUCAAUGUGCAGAGCUGCUUCCUGGCACUCAAACAUGGGUCCGAGGCGAUGAAGGUGACGUCCAAGGACAAGCCACGAUCGGGCGGCAGCAUCGUCAUGACAGCCUCGGUCGCCGGCCUGCGCAGCGGCGCUGGCUCCGUCGACUACAGCGCAAGCAAGGCGGCCGUCAUCUCGCUGGCCGCCACGGGCGCAUGGCAGCUGGCCAAGACGGACAUCCGCGUCAAUGCCAUCUGCCCGGGCCUCAUCGAGACGGGCAUGACGCAGAUCACGUUUGAGCAGGCCCGCUCGAGGGGCUCCGAGGGCAAGAUUGGCCAGCUCAACCCCACGGGCCGGUACGGUGUCAGCCAGGAGAUUGCCCACGCCGUCACCUUCCUCGCGUCCGACGAGGCCACAUACGUCAAUGGCAUUGCCAUGCCCGUCGACGGCGGUCUCGCGGCCAGCCACCCCGUCGUGCCUGGCAGGUUCCACUAGCAAUGUCACCUUCAUUCUCGUCCACUUUCUGUCCCUUUGAUUGUGUUAGAACUUGAUGUUGAUUUCCAGCCCCA